AUGGACCAUCGGAUUCCUCGUAUCCUGAGGAACCUCAGACUGUGCGGGACCGGGCCGGCCUUCCAACAGGGAAGAGGUUCUCCUGUACUGAGUGCGGGAAAGGGUUUCAGUUAUAAAUCCAUCUUAAUAGGCAUAAAAGAUCUCACACGGGGGAGAAGCCGUAUUCCUGUCCUGAGUGUGGGAAAUGUUUUUCAAAUAAGUCCUAUCUUUUACACACAUCAGAGAUCUCACACGGGGGAGAAGCCGUAUUCCUGUCCUGAGUGCGGGAAAUGUUUUUUCAAAGCUAAGUCCUAUCUUUACACACAUCAGAGAUCUCACACGGGGGAGAAGCCGUAUUCCUGUCCUGAGUGCGGGAAAUGUUUUUCAAUUAAGUCCCAUCUUUACACACAUCAGAGAUCUCACACGGGGGAGAAGCCGUAUUCCUGUCCUGAGUGUGGUGAAAUGUUUUUCAAGAAGUCCAUCUUUACAUACAUCAGAGAUCUCACACGGGGGGAGAAGCCAUAUUCCUGUCCUGAGUGCGGGAAAUGUUUUUCAGAGAAGUCCAGUCUUUACACACAUCAGAGAUCUCACACGGGGGAGAAGCCAUAUUCCUGUCCUGAGUGCGGGAAAUGUUUUUCAGAGAAGUCCAUCUUUACACACAUCAGAGAUCUCACACGGGGGGAGAAGCCGUAUUCCUGUCCUGAGUGUGGGAAAUGUUUUUUCAGAAAAGUCCAUCUUUACACACAUCAGAGAUCUCACACGGGGGAGAAGCCAUAUUCCUGUCCUGAGUGUGGGAAAAUGUUUUUUCAGAAAGUCCAUCUUUCCAAACAUCAGAGAUCUCACACGGGGAAGAAGCCACUUUCCUGUCCUGAGUGA